GGAGAGGCAGGGGGCCCUGCUUGUAGAAUUUGAGGCUCCCCUUGUCACAGGCCCAAAGCUGCCAGCCCAGCAGCAGAGCAUGGUCUUAGAAGAAGAUGUCAUUCUGUUCUUGCCAUCCGUGGAAUACUCACUGCGACCUGGGGACAAGGUGCUGGCACCCUGGGAGCCAGACCGACAGCGGUAUGGCCCUGGCACUGUUCUCUUGGGCUUGGAGGCAAGAGACCCCGAGAGAGCAUCAAAAGAAGAAGAAAUUACUGUUCACUUCUGGAAUGGCAAGAUAGCUACAGUGCCUCUAGGUGGGGCCUGGUGGGUGCCCCCAGCUGUCUGGAAGAAGGCUAUGGAGAGGCUGCACAAGCCUUUCACCAGGGAGCACCCCAGUCCCCUUCUCUGGGCCCCUUGCUGCCCUCUGCUGGGGCCAGUUGCUGGGUAUGUCACCAACGGGCUUCCUCUGGGCACUCCAUUCCUGUGCCCUCCCUGCUACCCCUAUGCCUGCUGCCAGCUGCUGUGCCAGGGCUGCCUCUGCUGCUCCCCUUUGGUUGGACCCACCUGGUGGCCUCUCACCAGGACCUCAGGGGUCACAGCCACAGAACAUCCAGAGGCCGAGCUGAAGCCCACAGCACAGCUUUUGCCCCUAGAGGGUCCUAAAGAGGAGGAAGUAGCAGUGCAAGCUCCCGUGGCUGUUUCUUCCUCCUCCUCCUCUCCUGAAGAGGAUUUGGAGAAUGAUCUGGAGAUGGGCCUCCCCCAGAGGCUGAUGGUGGACAGCACAGUCAACACAGACCCCAUCCUUCUUGAGAAGUCUCCAAGGAGACAGAGUGGCUUCUGCCAGCCUGAGUGGAGGUACUGGAAGAGAGACAGGUCUGAGCCACAUCCUGGGAAGCCAGGAACAAGAUGUUGCAACAUCCAGAAAGAAAAGGGCAACAAACCACAGCGAGUACAAACUGUAGUCGUGGGGAACACCAAGGAGCUGAUCCUGGAAGCAACCAGCACGAAGCCACUGCAGAUCCUGCCAGAAGAAGCUGAACGCAGAAAACUGAGCCAGGAGGCUAAAAAGUAGUGGUGGUAAAUACCUGAGGAGGAGUCACACAGUGGCUGACAAGACCUCUUCAAUGGAAGGAGGUAGCGUACAGGCCACAGAUGAUAGCUGAAUAAGCAGCAGCAUCUUCACCCCACUGGGACUUCCCUGCAGAUGAGCGGCAGGAAGGGGCACAGGAGCGUGGCGGCCCUGGCCAGGGCUCCCUGCCAGGAGCCUAGUCAGAUCUGCUUGAGGAUGCCUCUUCCACAGAAGCUGCAGGGUGUGGUCAGCCUGCUUUGGACAAAUGUGUCCCCAGCCUCUCUGCCAUCUUUUCAUAAAGCCUACAGUUGUACAUGAGCGAUGUUUGGUUUCACCUCUUAAUACCAAUAAAAAG